AUGCUUGUAAAACACUGGAUAUUCUUUAAGCAAUUAAAGUCAUGCACAAAUAGUUUACGAUUUGAGAAUACUAGAAUAAAUUACAAAAAGAAAAGGGCGAAUAAAGCUUUAGGACUUCCUACUAAAUUAGCUCCAUAUCGAUCUGACACAGUUUACCCGGCAAUGAUAGCUACUACGCUAUCCCAAUAUGAAUAUGUUCUUAUAUGUGAUAAAUCCAACAUCCGAGUGUCUGGGUCACCACAUUGGACUUUUCUUUUGUAUUGUGUGGCGUUCUUUGACAGUCCUAGACACUAUCCAGCUGAAUUGUUAAAGGCAGCCAUAACUGGAUAG